GCUGCAAGGUUCACCAGUGGCACCUGCUGUGCUACCCGGGCUUCUUUUCGGUCUCACCCGCUGCAAUCGACCGGGCAAUCACCAUCCCAGAAACAAAAAGGCAAGAUCGUUGCUCUGUCACUGGCGACCGAGUAUCCGCAAGGGGCAGGCGGAAGUUGCUUCCCAGCUUUUCAUCAGUCGCACAUUGAUCGGUUUUCCGGUUCAUGUUUAUAUCUUUUGCCACAGGCUGUCACUCGACCAACUGGAUUUUCGUCGUACCUGGCGUGCUGGUUAUCCGAAAGCAAUAUCGUCUGCAUAUCUGGGUCGAUGAUCUUCAAUCUUCUUCCCCCAUGCCGGACCUCGACAGUUGCAGGCGCUUCGCAUCCCGCAUGUCUGCCACCCUCCCGCUUCCCGGCCAUGCUUACUUAG